AGCAAACUGAAAGUUGAAGGAGGCGAAGUUUGAAAGUUAUGGUCACGUGGUUUUAAAGUUGUGGAAAGUUUUUGUUGUCAAGUUUUUGGUCCGUGCUAUGUUUAAAGGUUGAUGGAACACAUGUAUCUUCCGUAAAAGAAACUACACCGUCAGACCAACUGCUUCUACAACUUCGCAAAUAAACAUGGGGAAAGGAAGCCUGAAAAGGUUCAGAAAUAAGUCAAAAUCCAGGGUCAUCCAGAAAAGAAGAGGUGGCAGCAAAGUUGCAUCUAAGAAGAAGAAUUUCACCAAGACAACAAUGAAGGGCGCACACCCAAGAGUUGUGGACAAGCCAGCUGUUAAAUCAGAAAGCAGCUUAAGAAGAUCAAGAAACCUGGAGAAACCUGCAGAGCCAGAAGAGGAAGGGGAAGAGGAGGACCAUUGCACUGUGUCCUCUGGGCAAGAGAAUGAAUUUCACCCCUGCAUACUGAAGCAGUCACAGACUUACAGUUGUAGUGAGAAGUUAAAACUCUCUGGAACAACUUGUAAAUCAACCUGUAAGCAAACAAAGAUGGAAGCAGAAAGUGAAGAGAAGAGGCUUCAAACACACAAAGGAAGCAAGGUUCCUGUAGACUGUAUAGCACAGGCUCUCAGCACCUAUGGCUCCGUGGCAAGAAAGAGAAGUGCCCAGGAAGUACUGUGUGGAGCCCCAGUUAACAAGAGGAAGUCUCUUCUGAUGAAACCACGGCAUUACAGUCCCAGCAAUGACUGUGAGGAGGAGAAUGAGGACCUCACAGAACCAGAGGAUAAAGAAGAGGCAAGGAGCACUGACUCUCCAGCAGGUGGAAACUUUGGGAAACUAGCCCGAGUGAGUUUGGUGACAGACAAGCUCUCGUGCAAAAACAGCUACCACAAUGCAGUGGAAAAGACACUACUGAAACAAGAACCUGAGGAUUCACCUGAGCAUGCAGCCUUUGAAAGCACUCUGAAUGACAGUGGCAUCCACUCCACAGAAGCAGACAGUGAAGGUGAUGUGCCAGACCAAGCAAAAGAGGAAAACGAUGUUGCUUCAGAGGUGGAGAGCGUGCCUUAUUGCUCUUUAGUGCACAGUGAAAGCCACUCUGAAAAUGUGGACAGUGGGUGGGAGAACUUGUCCAAGUUUGUGAAUGUCAAUUGCAUAAACAGUAAUCACACAACAGAGUCACUGAGGAAGAAAAGUGAUGCAGUGAAGUAUGAUGAUGACAUGGAUUCAGGUGCUUGCCAAGACCUGGAUGUGCGAAUAAAAAGUCUGCACGGUGAGACCCUGAGCUCUAGGAAAGACUUAAGUGAAAGUGAAGACCAGGCUGAUGUUCUUGAUGAAGAUGAUGGCUGGUCAGCAGAGGUUUCAGAGCACACCCUUGAUUUCAACAGGGCUAAAGGGAAUCUGAGUCUCCUGGAACAGGCCAUAGCCCUUCAGUCUGAGCAGCGGCAGGUCCUUCACAAUGCUUACAAGGAAAUGGACCGGUUCUUACUGGAACAAAUGAGUGGGGAAAGGAGACACAGCAGACUCCUAGACAUUGAUGGCAGACACAACUAUAACAAUUGCAAAGAAUCUCCAAGAUCAGAUAAGAAGGAAACAAAGUGCCCUACACCAGGUUGUGAUGGCACUGGUCAUGUGACAGGACUCUACCCACAUCACAGAAGUCUUUCUGGAUGCCCCCAUAAGGUCCGAGUGCCACCAGAGAUCCUUGCCAUGCAUGAGAAUGUACUGAAGUGUCCAACACCAGGAUGCACAGGAAGGGGGCAUGUCAACAGUAACCGCAGCACACACAGGAGUCUUUCUGGUUGUCCUAUUGCUGCUGCUGGAAAAAACCCUAAAUCCCAGGAAGAUAGUCCAAAAAGUGGACAAAAUUCUGACUGGGUGUCCAGACUUCCAGGCUUGCCAAGACAGUUCGAGGUUCCUCAAUACAGCUACAGUUUUGCACAGCCUGUCACUGCUUUCCAAGCCAACCUGGAAAAGAAUUUGGACAAAUACAGCAAGGUCCGCUUUGAUUAUGCUAGCUUCGACGCACAGGUCUUUGGUAAACGCACUGCUGCCCCUGUUGCACUGGACCAGGAUGCUGCACACUUUUCUGAAUCAUCCGCACAGUUUUCAAGCUCACUGACAUCCAGCAGCAGACAGCCAGCCCCUCGGGCGGAGAGCCCCUGCCAUCCCAGCACCUACAGCUACAGCCAUGCUGGAGAGGCCCAUGCUGCUGCUGCGACCGCUGCCAUUCUCAACCUGUCUCCCCGAUACAGGGGGAUCCCUGACAGUAAUUCUGCUAAGCCGCAGGCUCCCUCCACAAAGGAUGUAUUCAUCGAGGUGGAUGAAAACGGCACUCUGGACCUGAGCAUGAAAAGGAACCGUGUUCAUGAGAAGGUCCCUCCAGUUUUACCUUUGGAAACUGUACCAUCUACACCCGAGUCUUCUCCUUCAAAAACUGGCAUCAUCCUGGUAACACCUGCCUUCUAUCAGGCUCUUUGUGAACAGGAAGGGUGGGACACUCCCGUUAACUACAGCAAAGCUCACCAAUUAAUAGACAAAGAGAAAGAAGAACAGGAUAGUGUACCUGACAUUCUGGAGGAAAGAAAAUAUCCAGGUGAUGUAACUAUUCCGAGCCCAAUGUCCAAACCUCUUUCCAGGGACAAUAAAAAGGAGCUGAUGAGCUGUCCAACUCCGGGAUGUGAUGGAAGUGGACAUGUGACUGGAAAUUAUGCUUCUCAUCGCAGUGUUUCUGGCUGUCCAUUGGCUGACAAGACUCUAAAAUCUAUCAUGGCCGCCAAUUCUCAGGAACUCAAGUGUCCAACACCUGGUUGUGAUGGUUCAGGUCACGUUACUGGAAACUAUGGUUCACACAGAAGCUUAUCUGGCUGUCCAAGGGCCAAGAAAGGAGGGCUGAAACUAACACCCAGCAAGGAAGACAAGGAAGACAAAGAUCUGAAAUGUCCAGUAAUUGGUUGUGAUGGCCUGGGUCACACAUCAGGCAAAUAUACAUCUCAUCGCAGUGCAUCAGGCUGCCCUGUAGCUGCCAAGAGACAGAAGGAGAGCUCCAAUAAUGGGUCUCCAUUCUCCUGGAGUGUCAGCAAACAAGAACUGCCACACUGCCCUUUGCCAGGCUGUAAUGGAUUAGGUCAUGCUAAUAAUGUGUUUGUCACUCAUAGAAGUUUGUCUGGAUGUCCUUUGAAUGCCCAGACGAUCAAGAAAUGUAAGCAUUCGGGAGAAGAGAUGAUGACAAUUAAACUUAAAGCAAGCAGCGGUAUAGAAAAUGAAGAAGACAUGAAACACCUCGAUGAGGAGAUCAAGGAACUGAAUGAAUCCAAUCUUAAAAUAGAGGCCGACAUGCAGAAACUCCAGACUCAGAUAUCUUCAAUGGAAUGUAAUUUAAAAUCAAUUGAAGAAGAAAACAAGCUGAUUGAGCAGCACAAUGACAGCCUGCUGAAGGAGUUAGCUCGUCUGAGUCAGGCUCUUAUCAACAGUCUUUCUGAUAUACAACUCCCUCAAAUGGGGCCAAUCAGCGAGCAGAAUUUUGAAGCCUAUGUGAACACUCUGACAGACAUGUAUAACAAUUCGGAGCAUGAUUACUCGUCUGAAUGUAAAGCUCUUCUUGAAAGCAUCAAACAAGCUGUAAAAGGCAUUCACAUGUAAACAUUCAAGCCAGUAUAAAUUGUAUCAAAGCUAUAAAUGCUGCUGAACAGUUGGAUUCUUUGGGAUGGACUGGUUUGGUUGCAUAUACAAGAGAAGACAUUUGGAAAUGCAGUUCCGUAUUACAGCUGACACAUUGCACUAAAAUAUAUUUAUACCAGUAACAGCGGUGACAUGUAAUGGACAUUAACAACAAUUCACCUGAAAAAUUUAUUUUAUUGAAUUUUUUCCCUUUGCACUUAGUUUUUUUUUUUAUAGUUUGCUGUAAAUUAAUUGUGAAUUUGUAAUUUUUUUAUAUUUUAUUAUGUAUUGUUGUACUGAACUUAUUAGCUAUUUAAUUUGUAAUUUAUUCCUGCCAUAUUUAAGCAGAAUGGUUUCCUGCGUGAAAAAUAAGGUUACAUGCAUUUCGAUUUUAUAAGGUAAAUUAAGCAGUUUUUAUGUGUAAUGUUGUGACCAGAAGUUUUAAUAAUUUAUAUAGCCUGCACAUUGUAAAGAAUAUUUUAACUGCUAACUUUCAUUUUCAUUUAGCAUUUUUACUGAGCAAAAUUCAUGGAACAUUUCUUGGGCAAAAACAUGGUGAAAUGCUGCCAUCCAAUGGGCUGUUAGUAGCAACAAUUGUCCAGCAAUAAUGACAAAUGGCAUUUUUUCUGAAACAGAAAACAUUGAAACUGAAGCUUAAUAAGAUCAUUUCAGUUUAUUAAGAUUUAUUAUAUCGAAGCAACUGAACUACCAUUGUCUCAAAUACUGUAUGUUCAUGUGAAACGUUUACUGUGACAGUACAAAAUACAUUCCAAAUAGAAAUGAUCAAAAUAGUCUCACUUCAAAGAUAUCCAGAAAAGGUAUCCAAGCAUGUAAAAAUGUGUUAUUGUUAUAGCCCCUCCCAAAUUGGCACUUAAAGAAGAAUUGUUCCUCCUUUUCACCUAAAGUGAUACUCGCCAGAUCCAAACUUAUCAACAUGCAUCAACAUUUGCUCUUGAAGGACUGCAUGUUGAUUUCAACUGUUGAGCAAAGUCCAAGCUUUCAGAUUGAUGACUGAUGAUACAAUGUUAUCAGGAGCUUUUUAAAUAUCUUUAAAUAUAUCUUUUUUUUAAUGUUCUAGUCUAUACUGAUACAAACUACCUUUAUGUGUGCACAUACAGUACAGUUGUGUGCAUAUAUGUGCCUGUGUAAAUGUAUUCAUGAAGUAUAUUACAAUUUCCAUUCUGUGUAUAGUACCAUAUUACCUGGUAAACAGCAUCUACUUUAUAUUCACAAUACACUAUUUAAAAAAAUUAUAAAUGGUUGUUUUAAAUAAAGAUAACAACUUAAAAUAGCUAUUAAUGUUACCUGAAGUGAUUAAAACUGACACUUCAGGUGACUUUAGCGCAAUUUGACUGUUUCAAAGCCACCAUUAUUUCAGUUUAAUCUUUGAUUAAGAUGUAGUUGUCAUUUCCAGCCUAUCGAUAUACACUGGGGGAAAUAUAAGUUAUACCAGACUUGAAUACACUAUGGCUUUGCUACUGUAAUCUAAUACCACUUUUAUGGCUCUCUUCCCGAAAAAAGAACAAUACAGUUUUGUGUUUGCAUUUAAACAGGUGGGAUGUCUGAUUUACAUAUUUGGUCAAAGAGCAGUUUGGAAAUGACAGUUUGGUGGUACUUUACAUUUUGAAUAUUUGAAUAUUUUCCAAUUGAAAAUAAUAUGUGUUUAUGAACAGAAGCUAGGACGGAAUGAAUCACUGAACCAAAAACCACCUAUAACUGUUUAAACAAAAAGCCAAUGUAUAGUAUUAAAUAUUUAGAGAACCAAAAACCAAGUGUUUAAAAAUACUUUAUGGUAUUUAAUUGCUUAAUCAAUAGGUACUUGUACCUUUCAGACUUUACAGACAUAUGUAGUAUAUUUAAAUACACUGGCAAUUAAGAUAUAUUGUGCUUAGCCAGAUGUACGAAGAAUAUAACAUAAAACAACGCACAUUUAAAAUGUGUUAUUAAAUCAGUUACAUCCCUCAUAAAAUACAUAACGGUAAAUUUGAAUGCUGUAAACAGAGGCGGAUCGAAAUACUACUGCUUAUUAAAUGUAUUAAUCCUGCUGGUGUAAAGUCUUCAAUAACAGAUGUACAAGUUUAAGGGCUUGGGCGUUAUUAAGAUCUGCUGCUUUUAAGAUCAAUGAAAUAGAUUCCAACAUGUUUUUUUUUUUUUUUUUUUUUUUUUCUGAC